GCACCGGGUCAUCUGGUCACCUGGCUCGACAGAGGGCAUCGGGUCACCUGGCUCGACAGCGGGCAUCGGGUCACCUGGCUCGACAGCGGGCACUGGGUCAUCUGGCUUGCCAGCGGGCACCAGGUCAUCUGGCUCGACAGCGGGCACCGGGUCAUCAGGCAUUGGUUCAUCUGGCUUGACAGCGGGCAUCGGGUCAUCUGGCAGAACAGCGGGCUCCGAGACAGCGGGCACCGGGGCAUCGGGCUGGACAGCGGGCACCGGGGCAUCAGGCUGGACAGCGGGCACCGGGGCAUCAGGCUGGACAACGGACACCGGGGCAUCAGGCUG